ACAAACGGGGAGCAGUGCGAAGCCAAAAAUAGCCCGACAGAAGCAGGAUGUGAUACGUAUUAUCCGGGGAGAUGGCUGGCAUUGUACGUGUACAUGGGCCUAGUUGGAGUCCUCUUCGUGUCUUCCCUCUUACGAACCAUUGCCUUCUUCUUCGCCUGCCUUCGUUCCUCCGUCCGUCUUCAUCAUCGCAUGUUCAGGGCUGUCAUCCGCACUUCCAUCAAAUUCUUCGAUGAUAACCCAAUCGGUAGGGUCCUGAAUAGAUUUUCCAAAGAUUGUGGAACACUGGACGAACUUUUGCCCUUGAUCGCAAACGAUGUCACAGGGAUAUUCCUGAAUGUGAUUGGAGUGGUGGUCUUGAUUGGAACCGUGAAUCCCUGGAUCCUUCUCCCAGCCGUAUUGGCU